UCCACAUUGCAUAUACUUAUUCGUUUUGUGCGAAUUUCUUGAACUUUUUGGUGUACGUAUAAAAUACACAGAUUUCAUGAUGAAAACGAGCAUUUUCUUUAUAACCUUUUAUAUCCUGGUUUCAUUGUAUGUACGUGAUGCAAACUCAAAACAAUAUCUUGUGAUAAAUAAAGAAACUCAAAUGCCGUUAGAGGGAGAUAUCGUUGAAUAUCUGAGUGUAGAGGAUAAUGAUUACUUGAAAAACGUUAAGCAACUUAUUGAAGAUAAAUUAUUGGAGGAAUCGAUACUAGCUUACGCUAAAGAAAUACACUUGAAGGUUAGUAACGAUGAACUAUUAAGAAAUAUUACAGCAAUGGAAAAGCAAGAUUUGAUGCGAUAUUAGUGAAAUAAACAUUCUGCGUAGUUGGACACAUUUGUUUUCUUUAAAAAUAUUAC